UUCCGUACACAAAUGCUGAUGACGUGUGCUUUCCUUCAGCGCUACCUCGAACUAGCUAACUUUCCUCCCCUUAGUUGCACGCCGAGGAACGAUAAAGACGAAAAGAUAUAUGUAAAUCAAUUUAUAAAAACAACCAAAUAAGCUAGGACCUCGGCAAGUGGCUGUCGAAGAUGGAGUCGCUUUACCACCAGACAAAUAAGCACAUCCAGGAGGUGCAGUCGCUUAUUGGGAAUCUGGAGAGAACAGAUCGCCAGUCAGUUCACUUGUUAGAGAAUGAAAUUCAUGCUCGAAUUGAGCAGAUCUUCAACCACUUAGAGCGUCUGGAGAUCCUGGCCAGUAAGGAGCCACCCAACCGCCGCCAGAAUGCCAAACUGCGUGUGGACCAGCUCAAGUAUGACGUCCAGCAUCUUCGCACCGCCCUGCAGAACUUCCAGCACAGACGCUACACUCAUGAGGCCCAGGAGCGAGAACGGGAGGAGCUCAUGAGCCGGACCUUCACCACCAAUGAUGCAGACACGUCCAUCCCCAUCGACGAGACGCUGCAGCUCAACACCAACCUACACAACGCACACAGAGGCAUGGACGACCUGCUGGGAAGCGGAAGUGGCAUCCUCAACGGGCUGAGAGAUCAAAGAUCUUCGCUCAAGGGCACCCACAAGAAGAUGCUGGAUGUGGCCAACAUGCUGGGCCUGUCCAACACGGUGAUGCGGAUCAUCGAGAGACGAGCCACCCAGGAUAAGUGGAUCAUGAUCGGAGGGAUGCUGCUCACGUGCAUCUUCAUGUUCCUGGUGAUACGAUAUCUGGGAUAAACUGAGAAAGACCCACGGACACAGACAUUUUUUUUAAUUGUGCCGUCACGGUUGUCAUUGAUGUACCUUCCGAACAGUAUUCCACCCCUUUGGACCCACUCCUUUGAAAUACAAGCUGUUCUGAAAUGUAUAUUUCAAUUUUUUUGUUUCAGACAAAUAUACGAGUAACAAGCUACAUGGUUGUUUUGAGGAUUAAAAUGUGACAUUGUCUUAAAUUGAGGUGAAAGGUUAAACAAUUGUACAGCUCAUUUUUGUGAUUUACAGUUGCAUCUAGUCUCACUAUGUGAGUGAUUUAAUAAUUUUAAAUAAAACUUGCAUGACUCCCUC